GUCUUUCGGACUACGGCAUUCACUAAAUUCCGGGGGUUUCAGUACCGCGACGUAAAAUGGGCGUUCCUAGGGGUGUGACAAAGACGCCCCCUUAUUAAAAAAUAAAAAAUACAGGUGACCGAACAUGCGCAGAAUACUUUUUUUGCGCGGGCAUUCCCAGGAUCUGCAGGCACUUUUUUUCCAGGGAUUUCAGGACAGCGUAACAGAUAUUGCGUCAUAGGGUAGGCGUGGCCUAUUUUGAGAAUCUGCGUAGGUCAACAAUCAUGCGCAGUUUGGGAAGAAAAGCCUUUUUCUGUAGAUCUGUCAGUGAUCAGGGGUUUUUACAUCUAUUCUGCUAUAACUUCAGAUACCUGAUCACAGUGGUUUCAUGUUUGAAAAAUACUAUUGCCAAGAAAUGCUUAUUUCACUUAAAUAAUCUCAAAGUCUUAUUGACUUUACAUCAAUUCUAUUGUGUCCUAUCAUGCAAGACUUUUUAACCUCAGUAUCGUUUCCUGUUGUUGCCCCAUUAUAAAAAAUAAACAAACUCAUAAUUAUCUAUGUUUUCAUACUCAACUUUAUUUACACAGGAUGAGCAAAGUUGACAGUUUGAAUAACUAGUUAAUUUAGCAUUUACAGGAUUAAAAAAAAAAACCAAUAGUUACCGAUAUAACUGUUUUGUCCUACAUCUUACAUGUCAGAUCCUGCCAAUGCCCGCGCAACACAAAAUUAUUCUGCGCAUGUUCGGUGACCUUGUUUAUUUAUUUAUUUUAUUUUAUUUUGUAAGGGGGCGUUUUGCCACACCUCCAGAAACGCCCAUUUUACGUCGCGGUACUGAACCUCCCGGAAUUGAGUGAAUGCCCCUUUGCAGUACCUUAGUUUUCCUGCGCGUCGUUUGCAGAUAUCGCGAGAGCGGCUGUUGGGGUUAGCAGCAGGGUGAGGGAGAGACGAGAGAGAAGGUAAGCGGAGGAGGCUACAUCAUGGCGGACAGAGACAGCGGUAGCGAGCACGGAGGAUUCGCCACAGGCCCCGGUGGCGGCCCGAUGCACCAGGGGGCGAUGGGCGCUUCAUCGCGGCUCCAACAUGACACGGAGGAGCUGGCGUCGAAGCGCGUCGACAUCCAGAACAAACGCUUCUACCUGGACGUGAAGCAGAACGCCAAAGGCCGCUUUCUGAAGAUCGCCGAGGUCGGGGCUGCGGGAAAUAAGAGUCGCCUGACCCUGUCCAUGUCAGUAGCCGUGGAGUUCCGUGACUACUUGGGCGACUUCAUCGAGCACUACGCACAGCUGGGCCCCAGCCACCCGGACACAGUGCAGGACGAGCCGCGGCGAGCGCUCAAGAGCGAGUUUCUAGUGCGGGAGAAUCGGAAGUACUACAUGGAUCUGAAGGAGAACCAGAGGGGGCGGUUUCUGAGGAUCCGACAGACCGUGAAUCGGGGCCCCGGCUUGGGCACGGCGCAAGGCCAGACCAUCGCUCUUCCAGCGCAGGGGCUGAUCGAGUUCCGCGACGCUUUGGCCAAGCUCAUCGAUGACUAUGGCGUGGACGAGGAUCCGGCGGAGCUGCCCGAGGGCACGUCGCUCACCGUGGACAACAAGCGCUUCUUCUUUGACGUGGGCUCGAACAAGUAUGGCGUGUUUAUGCGGGUCAGCGAAGUGAAGCCGACGUACCGCAACUCCAUCACAGUGCCGUGCAAAGUGUGGUCCAAGUUCGGUGCCACGUUCUGCAAAUACGCGGAUGAAAUGAAGAAGAUCCAGGAGAGGAGCAGGGAGAGGAGGGCGCGCGAGCUCUUACCGGAGGCCCUGCACGGCGAUGACGGGGAGGAGGAUUAAUGGACGUGACGCUUAACGGCGGAGGACGGAACAUAGCCUACUUUUCGACGAAAUGGUCAUGUAGACAGAAGUUACUGUAAAAGAAAUGCCGCGAUGGGAGAUUUCACUGGAUCGUCAUCCACACGCAACACUCACAGAUUUUUGCAGUUGCAUCACUUCGUUCAUCGACCGGUUAUUAUCCACUUACUCAACCAUAUAAAAGUAAGCCGCUGCUAUCAAUAACACGAUCCACGAACUGUGUCCGAGACGGUCAGAAUGUCAUAGGUCGGAGUUGUGUGUUUGCCCAUGCGUUUUUUUGUACACGUCCAAGCUAUUAUACUGAUAGGAUACUGUUACAAAGUGCAAAUUGAAAAAGCGAAAAAAGGAAAACAAAUGCUAAGACUUUCUAGCACAAAGCUACUGUAUUUGGGACCAUGUGAACCAAAUUUUUAAUAUGGGGAAAAAAAAGGAAAUCUCCGUUUGAAGGUACGUUUAGGAUGAAGUGCUGUUUGUAUUGUGGGCUCACGCGCACAGUCCAUCUGCUGAACGGAUCUCGACCGAGGAAUUCGUGCACUUGUACUCAUAUGCCUUUUAAAAGCAUAAAG